AUGGCCGCCACAAGCUCGCCUCCCUCCUCGUCGUCAUCUCCCUCUUCAGAUUCAUCGGAGUCCUCCUCUUCAUCGUCUCACCGCGGCCGCAGCCACAGUCACCGACGGCGACGCCGGGCCGAUCGAGAAGACUCUCUCAAAGUUCGCAAGAAGCACCGCCCGCGCGAGAAGCGUAGGAGGAGACAUCGACGUGACCGCUCUUCUUCAUACUCUGAUAGUGAUAGGUAUGAGCUUCCUCUCGUGGUCCGGUUCUUCUGUUAAAAUUCUGCCAAAAUUCGGAUCUCGGGCGGGAUCAUGUUUAUGGAUUUCUUCGGAGAUGAAAUCGUUAAUCUUAAAGAUGGGAUUGUAGGUCUGAGCUCGAAAUUCAAGGCCUGCCAGUGUCACAUGAUAUGUGUCAGUUUCAUUUUGUCUUUUUUUGACAUUUAGGACGUUUCCCCAACUUUGUUUCCCAUAUUAGAGGAUAGCGGAAUUAUAUAGGUGUUCUCCAACUUGGUUUGACGCGAGAGAAAAUUAGUAAAAAGAUCACAAUCUAACAGUUUCUAUGCCCAAUUUCGGAGGCUUUGGAUCUUUACUUUUGACUGUUAUAGGUUCAUUGUUAGUUUUACUCUCAAGUUUAUCUUAAUUUUUCCUUUUGUUUCCAAUUUUUGGUUCAAUUUGAUGUCUGAUGAUGUAUCCAUUGGGGGGGGGGGGGGGGGGACAGAUGAUCUAAAGGCCGAUCAAAGUUUCUCUUUAUGGCGAAAAUUAAGAUUGAUUAUAAUGUCAUGAUGUAUGUUUGGGAUGCUUUGUGAAAGUAUUCUGUUGUCAUGAAAAUUGUCGGCUGUUUAAUCGUUUCCUUACUAUUAAUUGGAAGUCACUAGAGAAGGGACGAAAGAUACGUUGGAGUAGUUAUUUUCGCUUUAUCAGAAAACCCUCAAUAUGUAGAUUUAUUUGUUGAUAUUUCUUUUCCUUAGGACUCAUGCAAACCAAUGACGGUGACGAUCUACGCUCUAACACAUUUGGGUCUCCUAUUCAUAGAAAAAUCUUCAUUGAUCUCCACUCUAUAUUGUAUUGUGUCCUGCUGCCCCAAUCACAUUGGUUUCAUCUCUUUUAACCUAUGAUUCCACUAGUAUAGAUACCACGAAGUAGUACGGAAAAUUACUUCUGAAAUUUUUAAUUUUCAGGUCUCUGUUGGAGCAGCUUCCCUUAGGCCAUCUAAUAUGAUGGACAUGCAAAAUUUGCCUUCGGUCUCAUUGCCUCUUAGAUUCCUUGUCGGGAUAAGCUGCCUGGUUCUGAUUGGUUCCGCUUAAUUACAUACCCAUCUGAAAAUCCUGCUUAGUUCUCACUUUACUCUUGGCUGCAUUUUUAUUAUUGGGGUCUUAUAGAUUGUGAUUGUGAUAGAGAUGCAGAUUAAAGGUAACAUCCAUACGUACAUAGUUUCAUGUUUCAUUUAUUAUGGAAUGUCGUUGUCUACCGUUAAUGGUUUAGUUUUGUUUUUUUCCUUUACCGGGGAAAGCAAAGUUUAUUAGAUGAGGAGCUAUUUCGGCAAAUUCUAUCUUUAAUUAAGGGAGUUAGAAUUUUACUUGAGGUUGUAGUCAAUUUAGGAUCCGAGUGAGCAAAAUACUAUUUAAAACUAAGAAACUUGCCUAUAUUGUCUAAACAAGGCAAACUGUGUAAUAUUUCAUGAGAUCCAUGAAAUUUUCAAGGCUUGCUAUAAAGUAUUCCUAUAUAAAAUGAGCCUUGCUCUCGGGUGCAAACCUUCCUGACCUCAUCACUUGCUUCGGUUAUUAAGUAUUUCUUUCUGCUUCCCCCUCAUCACUUUUCCUUACCAUCCUCUUCGAGUCUUUACUCUGUCAACAUCUUCAAUUUCCCCAAUUCAUUGCUCUCCGAGCCUACGGUUACAAUGGGCAACUAAUGCCGGCAGUCCAGAAAGCUGAUCAAGUGGUAAAAUUAAAAUUUAUUUGCAACUGCUUUCCCCAAUAAGCAGGCAGCACCCGAUUAUAUUCCUUGAGGAGAGAAGUAAUACCAAACUUCACUGGAUAUCCAUUUUUUUCCUUUUCUAGUUUCUCUACUGAGCAAUCAAGCCAUGGACAGAGGUUUUUUUUCUAAGUGGGACGUAUGUGGAUGUCAUGUCUAAACACGGCUGCAUCCUUCUUGUGCCGAUUUAGGCGUCAGUAGGCCGGGUGAGCCUGAAGCCCAGGCCAUCACCUUUUCCCGGUUUUUUGUGUUCCAAAUUGGGCCCGUUCAAGUCUGUAGGCGUGGCCUGGCCAGAUUCAGGCUAGGUCUUUCUCCCUAUUAUCUGCUAAUAAACCUAGCAGAAAGGCAGGUUUACAUGGUUGGAGCGCGGGAGGUUGUUGGCAUGGUAGUAAGGUGACUAGGCUAUUGCUACACGCCUGUUGACAUGCGACUGCCUAGUGGCAUACAUGCUGGCAGCAGGCACAGAUAAUGUGGAAGUGCAUCUGCUUUUGCCACCACUGCUCGCAUGUGCCUAUGCCUGAUCGCAUGGCACCACUGCUCGCAUGUGCAUCACGAUGGCAAUGCAGUGGCACCGGGCUUGUGAGCCACGUGAGUGACAUCUCAAACAGGGCCAAAUGUGCCAGUAUAUAUAAUUUAACUAAAUGGGCUGUGCCAAUCCGCUCAAGUGGGAGGUAAUACAGUAGGUCAUUAUGGGCACGCCACAGCCAGUUCAGGCGUGACUCAGGUUUAAAUUCUGAUCGAUCACUAGUAUAAUUUAUUUUAAAUGAAUUAAGCAAGUUUGAUGAUGAAAUGCAUUUUGAGAAAUAUUUGCGGUAAACAAAUCAGUACAUUUAACUGUAUCUGAAAGGUUUCAUAGGUUGUCCAAGCUAGAUCUAUGAUGAUUAAUUGGUAUUUUACUAUGCAUGUGCGUGCAUAUUUACUCGGACAUCUGUCUUUUUCGAGCGCCAGCAUCAGAAGACACUAUAAAUUGAUUUUUUUUUUACUUUCCAUCUUCACUUUCCUCUGUGCUAAUAUUUCAAAUGUAAAGUGACCCUACCCGGAAGGAUUUCCCGGACUAUUCAUGUGCUACCUUCUUGUCUCCCUGUUCCUAGUGUUUUAGUCGUCUUCUUUCAUGACUAGUUUUUCUCGGGUUAAUGUGUCCACGGAGAAAUAGAGCUGUUUUCUGUAUGUGGGAGUCACAACUGAUGCAUCCUAUAACCGAUCAUGCCUCUGCAGUAGAGAGAGCUCUUCCGACAGCGAAUCUGAGACGUCUAGUCGCCAUAGGAGACGCAAACGCAAUGAAAAAGCAUCGAAGGUGUGUUCUAGUGUAUGUUUUGGACAGUACAUAUUCAUUGUUUCCGUGCCCUCUUACUUUAUUUUUUCCUCUUCUUAGUCCAAAGGGGAAUCAAGCAAGAGGAGUCGCCAUAGAAGCCACAAGCUCAAGGUGAAAGAAGUGAGUCAUUGGAUUUACCGUUGCCUUCAUGUCGUUCCCAACUUUCAUGCUUCCCCCUGAUUUCUUCUUCUUUUGAACACCAAUGUAGUUAAUAAGUAUUCUUCAUUUCUGGUGCUUAUGUUCCUGUUUUGCCUGUUUCUUGCAUUGGCUCUUCAACAUUGGAGCUGGGUUUGUAACCUCGCGCGACUGGCUGAUUGAUUUACCGUCUGCUGGAUAUAUGAUUCAUCAUUUGCUCGGUCAUCUUGUCCGUGAGAGUUGCGUAUAGAAGGAGCAGCAGACAGAUGGAAACAGUGGCCCCGUGCAGCUCUCCAAGGUAUCAAAUCUUUCAUGGUUCAGGGGAUUCCUUCUGAUGAUUCUCGCAUAAAUUCUGUCCUCACACCACCCUCUCCUUCUGCUGCCAGUUCCUCGGCCGCGACAAGGAGGAGACCGUCCGCCGGAGCGCCGUCUCCGGCAAAAAGGUCUGCAGCUCCCCUCUAACCUCCGGGUAUGCAGCUGCCCGUAGAAUUAAGACGUAGAAUUCAUACAUAUGCUCCUAUUUUCUUCUAGAUCCUGUUGAAGCUCGAUAAAUCCAAGGAGGACAAGCUGGCCGAGAGCAACCGCAAUGAGCUGCUCAAGUUCCUGAACGCGAGCUACGACUGA